AGUGGAGAUGAUUGCUUCUCCACGUGGUAUAAGAUGUCAGUUCUUCCCAGUGGGAGGCCUGGCCAUGCUCCUCGAGCUCCUUCUUGAUCGCACAUCUCCUCGUCAAUUACUAAAAUGGUGCUCAAUCCAAAAUUGUACCAGUUCCUAGUGGGCGUGUUCGCCUCUCUGGGCUCCGUCCUCUUUGGAUAUGAUCUUGGUGUCGUUGCUGAAGUCAUCGCAUCAUCCUCAUUCAAUAGCUACUUCAAAAAUCCAACCUCGACACAGACUGGAAUUGUCGUCUCGUUCUUCACCGGCGGGGCGUUCUGUGGAGCAGGGCUAGCAGGGCCGUGUGGAGAUAAGCUGGGACGAAGAUGGACCAUCAUUAUUGGAUGCAUGAUCUACCUCCUUGGUGGGGGCUUCCAGACCGGUGCACAGAAUCUGAAUUACCUUUGGGCUGGCCGUUGGCUCGCGGGCCUUGGCGUCGGGUUUUUGGUCAUGAUCGUACCAGUAUAUCAGUCAGAGAUUGCGCACCCUUCCAUUCGAGGCACGGUCACUGCCCUGCAACAGUUCAUGUUAGGGAUUGGAUCUUUCGUCGCAGGAUGGGUCAGCUACGGUACUUAUAUCGGGUUGCAUUCAACAGCUCAAUGGCGUCUUCCACUAGGGCUCCAGAUGCUACCAGCUGUUGGACUAGCGGCACUUAUAUUCCUCUUUCCCGAGAGUCCACGUUGGCUCAUUGAUCACGGUAAACCCGACGAAGGUCUGUCAACUCUGGCUCGCCUUCACUCUCAUGGCAACGAGGACGAUCCAUGGGUCAGGGCCGAAUUCGACCAAAUCCAGGAGAGCAUUACGCACGAACACGAACAUGAAGCAAAAUCAUAUCUAGAUCUAUUUACUCACAAGCCCUCUUUCCGACGCUUGCUCAUAGCUUGCACUCUGCAGGCUUCGGCUCAGAUGACCGGUGUAUCCGCAAUCCAAUACUAUUCUGUGACGAUCUAUGGACAGAUUGGAAUCACUGGGUCCAACGCUCUGAAAUACCAAGCUAUCAAUAACAUUAUUGCACUUCUUGGGGAAGCCUGCUGCCUCUUGCUUAUUGAUAGACUUGGAAGAAGAUGGCCGCUGAUCAUUGGAAAUCUUUUCAAUAUGGUUUUCUUCCUCAUUGCUUGCGUCUUGAUUGCGCAGUUUCCGCCGGGAUCUACCCACAACGACGCAGCAUCUUGGGGUUUCAUUGUCAUGACUUGGCUUUACAACUUCUCUUUCUCCGCCUCCUGCGGCCCCUUGACUUGGAUUAUCCCUGCCGAGAUAUUUGACACCCGCACUCGAGCAAAAGGGGUCUCAAUCGCUACAAUGGUCUCCUUUGCCUUCAACACACUUAUUGGUCAAGUUACAGAUACCGCAAUGACCAACAUAGGCUACCGAUACUACUACCUCUUCAUAAUCUGCAACUUCACCAACGCACUAACCUUCUAUCUCUUCCUUCCCGAGACCGCCAGACUGCCACUUGAAGAGAUGAACUACCUGUUCACGAACGCGCCGUUCCUCGUCCCCUUCCACGACAAGAAGGCUUAUCAAGCGAAUUACGCGGCGGAUCUGGAGCGGAGAGCGCGCGAGAUUCGGGAGAAGGGGGAUGUCGUGGCUGAGCAUCAGGGGGAGGUGAUUCAUGAGGAGGAGGUCGUGCAGCGGGAGAAACAAUCGGAGGCUGUUUGAAGGAGCGGAGUUGUCGUGGCCUCAUAGCUAGUGUUAGACGGAUAUUCAGAGAGUCUCAAUUUCUUGAUUUGAGAACUAGAAGUUGCUGUCUAUUAAUACAAGAAGGUU